AGUCCUAGAUUUAUACUCAGUGUGUACAGUUCUCUAUCGCACUCGCGUUUUUAUCCGUUUAGCCAAGAACAAUACACAAACAACUCUCCGCUUCUUUGGUUUCUGUACGGUUCUUCUUUCUUUAGUUUUUUUUUUGUUUUUCAAACACGACAAAAAGAACGUUACGUGCAUUUGUAUCAACACCCUACCAUCCAACGCAAAACUACUGCUAUUUCCCAUCUUAUCUACUUGAUCUCUUGCUUCUUGCAUCAUUUUUGCCUAUGAUAGCCUGAUUUAAUAAUUUUUUCCACAUAACUAUCCGUGUACAUCACGCCCAGCAGAGCACUCAACCACUCCUGGCAUUCGCCUUGACGCGUUCCAUCUAAAACAAACUGAAGCAGAAAAAAGCUAACGGCAACAUAAUCAAAAGCCAUCUCAGAUUCAUGCUAAAAAUAAAAGCUGAAAAUCAUCAAGUGAACGGGAAAAAAAAAAACAAUUGAGCAUACAAGAGGAUGAAAAAAGAAUGCUUACAACAUUUAAUAGUUAAAAUAUCCAGAACACAAAAAAUUGACUGCUGUUUUCGUUAAUUGAAUUGCACUUGAACAUCGAGCCUAAGAAUUGAAUUAAAAAAUUUCAACCAUUUUGCUAAGAACAAAAGAGCUCUGACGCAAUAAAUUAUUAAACAUUUUAUAUGCUGAAUGCCCGACGAAAACAGAACAAAAUUAAAUCCAUCGGCGCCUCAUUGACAGGCCGACCGAAAAACGGCAGCAAAAAGACAGGACAAAAAAUUGUGCGUACACACAUAAAACCAACACAAUUACUGUUCUCAUUACAGGCUAUAAACAAUUAUAUAUAUUAAAAAUGUAUAGUUAAUAAAUUCAAUCAAACUUUGAACCGACCAAAUAAUUUGCGCGAGCGUUUGAGAUAAUAAUAGUGAUAACGAUAACGACUGAUGAAUCCAGAAAAUUUCGGGUUGAGAGAGAGCGAAAAACCGCAAAUAACUGUGGCAAAAAGUAUAUGUGUUCAAAAUAAAUUGAUAGACCGAAAAAUUCAAUUGAAAUUAAUUUGGUGAAAAAGAGUUUAAUGUGCGCGAAUGUGAGCAAUGACUUUUUAUUUUAUUCCCGCUGGCUAUCGACCCCAUUGUGUAUCAUCCCCUCGUUUUGUGUGAAUUAUUAUAAUAUUUAACGGAUAACCAGGAACGAGAGGAAAAACACACACACACACACGAAUCAAGUUUUCCUCCCACCAAACAAUUGUAUUUCACACACAUUUUAUUUAAAUACAAAAAAAAAAUCCGGCGUUCAACCGAGUGUGCAUAAAAAGCGAAACGCGCACGGAACGUGAAACACACAGAUCAAGCACAGAGAAAACGUCAGCCGGACAACGAUACAAAUAGUGGUGACGCCACUGUGUUUAUUGAGUGAAAAUUGUGGGACAGCAUUGUUCAUUGCACAUGGUGCACUUGUGUUCACACAUAACAAUUGCAUAAAAAUUCAGCAUCCAUAAAGUCCCUAAUGCGCUACAUUAACAGUGAACUACGGCGCAAAGAAUAAGAAGAUUCAGUGUGAAACUCUAAAACCAACUAAAAACUGCAACUUAACGAUAUUUAGAAGAAGGACAAAAAAAAACAAACAGAAAUAAGUUCCUGACUUUAAUUGGUAUUAUAAGCCGAACAGACAGAGAACGUACGAACAGACAGAAGUGGUGUAGAUCGAAACGUGGCACGGCAUCGAAAAAGCCAUUCCAUUUUUCCGUGUGUGUGUGUGUGUGUUAAAGCUCAUUAAAGUAUGAAUGAAGUAGUCGCUGUGGUGUGCACUCACGCAUAUAAACAAUAAACUGCAAUUAAUAAUUUUUCAUAAUUAAAUCAAUUUGUCAUUCGUCAACGUGCUCAACGGCCGCUGUCUGUCUCUGUUAUAUUUGAAUGUGUUUGCCAGAGGGAUAGACAUUUUAUUGGACAAUUACACAUGCACAUACACAAGACACUGAGUGAUAAAAACCGCAUCAUAAGUGAAAUCGUUUAUGAAGCUGUAACGACGACAAAGAGUGAGCUCUGACAAUAACAACAACGUCUGCGAACAUGACAACAACGGCAACAACCGCACAGAAAAGAGUAAUCGAGAGCAAGUUAGUGAGGCAGAUCGUGCUUCGCACAUUAAGCGCAUAGAGUGUCAACACGCUACACGAUUUACACGCGCUUUUAUGGUAUAAUUAUGUACAUUACAAACAAUAACCGAAUCAAGCCGAACAGAGGCAAGUCAUUUUUAUAGGAGGUGGAUAGGAAUAGACAUACGCGGCGCUCAUUUUGCCAGUACACACAAGCCAAACAAAAGCACACACAUACUCUAACUACACUUACCCUCAUAGAUUUCGUAUAUAUAUACACGCGUGUUGUCCGCACAUGUACCCAUGAAGAGAGUUUAAAUAAAUGAUGAAAAUUUUCCAAUUCGAAAAAGCGAAAACAGCAACCAAACAUAGUAACAAGCGGCACUUUUCAUCAAGCACACAUACACUAAAUCAAUGCGAAAAACGUUGAAUUAGAGGUAAAUGGUCCCCGACACAACAGCACUCCAAAUCGCUGAAUAACGGCAGCAGUAACAUCAAUAAAACAUUCACAACAAUAACCAUUAAAGACCAUUUUUCGCAUUUACUCAUUUGUAUUACAUUUUGGGGGUGAAAUUAAGUGCGGUAAAUUUGUUGCUACGAAACUUUUCGACUCUAUUGAGAGUAAGAGAGCAUUGUGGUAGCGGCGGCGGCAAACGCGAGCCUCAGCACUUUUUCCACUACGCACUCUGAUAGAUUUUAUGGGAAUAAACCUGGAAAUUGAGAGUGGUGUCCGAGCAUAUUUAAAACGUAAUAAACAUCGACCAUUUUGGCAAUGACACAAAUUAUCGUGCAAUAAUCAGUCGCUGAAAAACGGAACGCUUUGCUUACUUCUUUCUUCCUCAUUUCCCUACCGAAAGCCUUUUCGACACACCACAGCCGCGCACGUGCGCGCACGUAUCAAUUUAAUCGCUUGCGACAAGGACACUUUACAGCAAUCUUACGACACAAAAUAUACACCAAGAACUCGGCUAGACAACGGCCACUUCGAAAGACUGAAAAUAAAUGCUAAUUAUAUUUGCAUUGAAAGUCAAAUCAAUUUAGUGCGUUGAAUAAAAUCGCUCGUUUGAUGGGAUUAAGUAUACUUUGGCAAAAACAAUAAUAAUCACGUCAAUAAAAGAAACAGCAAUAAUAAAGCACAAAACGACGACAACAACGUCGAAAACGACGACAACGACACGCUAUUUACCAGUGUAUUAAAAAGAUCCGUGCAUUAAAUCAAUGCCACGCAUUUUCCGUCUAAUAAACUACCGAAAAUAAACUGUCGCCGUCGACGAAAAUAGUUAUUAAACAUUAUUAUCAGUCGAACGAAAUAAAUUUAGUUACCCAACACAAAGAGUCGCGCGCUCAAUAAAUUAAAGCAGCAGCAGCAGCAGCGGCAGCAGUAGUUGCAGUAGCGACAUAAAACGCGUUUAUCGAUAGGCCGUGAUUCAGAGCGUGAACGCAGAAUUGUUGGUUCGGUUGAAUUACCGUAGCCAAUGUGUGAAAGUGCAUGUAUUAAAAGCUAACUUCAAGACGGAGCAAUCACUCGAAUCACCGCGAUUCAAUCGCAAAGUGAACGAAAACGAAAACGAAGACGCAGAAGUAGGAACUGAGGCUAAAGUCGACGAUAGUGUGUGCCAAACAAUAACGGCCACAAACGAUAAACAAUAUCACCAACAUAAUCAGCAAAUCAACACGAAAAUCUCAUCAAAACAGCGACCUAGCCAAACACAUUAUCGCGUUAGGAAUGACGUCAUGAUAUCGCAAUUCGACUACCGCCUUUGGAUAUUCUUUAGUUGCUUUAUCGCAUUACAAUGUAUUCCAAACAAAUUAGUGCAUGGAUUUUCGCCGGCGGAAAGCGAUCGACUGGGUGUCGACCACUUGAUGAACUUAAAGCCACACCAGCACCAGCAUCAGCAUCAGCAUCAGACGUUGAGUCGUGGCGGCGGCGGUGGCAGCAGCAGCAGCAGCAUUGCCACUGGACACGAUUUCAUCAAAAAUAUCCAGCAUGUGAAAGCCAUGCCACCGCCGCCACCGUUGUCAUUCGGUGAAAAUCGUCACGGCAAUACCAAAGGAUUAGCAACAGCCGACAAUAUUGCCAUUUCGGAUGUAUCGUCCAAUGAACAAAUGCUUUAUUUUAGCAAUGACAAUGUCAAAGGCAACGAUGACUUUGACAUCAGCGAAGAUGAUGAAUUCGAUAGCAGUAGCAGCAGCCGAAUUAGUGGCAACAGUGCCAGCAGCAGCAUAAUCAACCGCGACGAUAACCAAAAUGAUGAUGACAACAACAAUAAUCUUAAAGAUGAAACCAAUAUACUUAGGAAUAGCAAUAAUAGUUUAACGAAAAGCGAUGAUUUGUAUGUAAACGAUGAACCACCGAAAAUGUUGCCAUUACGACCAAUCAUACGCGGACCGUACGGCGAAAAUGCUGACGACGUUGAACAUGCGACCGAAACAACGAUUGUUUACACAGAACAACACACCGAGGUGAAAUUAAACUGCGAAGUUGAUUUAGAUAUAGCGGCUGUCGUAUGGAUGCACAAUGGUCAACUGGUUCACACCACUGAACGGACUUCUCGGCCGACGGAUAAUCGAUUUUUGAAAGAAGCACGUGGUAGUUUAACGAUAACAAAUGCGAUGCUCGAAGAUGACGGCAAAUGGCAAUGCGAAGCUGAAAAUGCAAAAGGUUACAUUGAAAAUGGUCGACUAAUUCAAUUAGUGGUAUUAGAUCGUCCAAAAUCACCGUAUCUACUCAUCGAUUCACGUCGACUGGAUGCGGGAAAUAUUUUUGUACCUGUCAAAGAGAACUCCGAACUGACACUGGCUUGCAUCAGCGAAGGAGGCAAUCCAAAACCGGUACUCAGCUGGGAAGUACUGAUAAGUCCGGGCGUUGAUCGACAUUCGCAAAAAGUAUCGGCGGAAGUUUUAGAAUUGCAAGAAAUCAAAAAUGAGGCGGAUAAAGAGCCAUAUAAAAUAAAUAGUGGAGCUAAAAGUGAAGCAAAAUUGCCAGCUGUGUAUCGGGCACAUCACAACGCGAGAAUUCUGUGUGUCAUGGAGCAUCCAACGUUAAAAACUCGACUAAACUCAUCACUCUUGCUUGAUGUACAAUAUACACCAUCGUUUGCAAUAUCACGUACGCCUGGUUUUGGUUAUCCGCUACGUGAAGGCAUUGAAGUUUCGCUGAAAUGCGAUGUCGAUUCAAAUCCGCCCAGCACGCCAAUUUGGCAAAAAGACGAUGGAGAUCCACCGAUACCCCAAAAUGGCGAUGGCUUUUUGAAUUUUACGCAAAUACGACGCGAACAUUCCGGAUGGUACAAAUGUACAUCGCGCCACUUGAAUUUCCAAUAUUCGAGCAUUGGUUAUUUCUUGAAUAUUCGAUAUGACAAUGUUGAUGUUACAUCCGAGCCCGUCGAACAAGAGGUUUCAGUUGGUUCGCCGUUACAGCAUACAACCAACAAAAAUCAUCAAUUAGAAGUGCAGCUGGGUGGUACGGUUACGCUUCAGUGUCCGCAAGGUUCGUUGGGAUGUUGGUCGCAUUUAGAUCCGAUAAAUCAGCGUUUACGCGGCCUUGGUAUGGGUUCAUCCGUGCCAACUGGCAUCUAUUCGCUAAAGGAUGUCGUCUAUCAAGAUGCUGGCACGUAUAAAUGUGUCGGUCAAAGUCCGACCAAUAAAAAGAAACUCGAUGUUCUACACACAUUAUCGCUGAAUGUUAAAGGAGCACCGACGGUGAGCGUUCGAAAUCAAACACCUGCUGCUUAUCCGGGAUCACCGUUACAUUUAUCGGUUGAAUUUUGUGCCAAUCCACCCGCCUAUGCGGCCAGAUGGCUACACGGCGACCGUAUUUAUACGCCUGGCAAUCAAUAUGGCAUUGAUGUGCUGGCCUAUGGAGUUAUCGAUUUACCGACUCCAUUCUGUAAAGAGGCUCGUCUCACGUAUGUGCAUAUGCACGAACGGGUGCCGCGCACAUUCUAUUUCAUCGUUUCGUCGCCGACUGGUUUGGCUGAAGCGCAAUUUCAUAUAAAUUUUACCCGUAAACGAAAUGUAAUAUCAAAUUCCGUUGACAGCAGUGACGAAGAGCUACGCGAUCCGGAGGAAAUUCAUUUUCCCGUCUUUGGUCACGCACACAGUCAACAUCACACGCCAAAUAUUCUCCAGAGCAUCCAUUUUAAAUUAGUUAUAGUCACUUUCAUUAUUGUUAACAUAUUUUGUAGCAACUUAUUUUAACAUUUGUAAAUGGCAUUUGAUCAUUUCAACUGAGAACUAACAACAACAACAACAACAACAACAGAACAUACGAAAUAAAUAAACUAACAGAAAAACAAAACUAAAAGUCUAUUGCCCCCGCCAUCAAGUCCAUUGUAAUCUUUCUAUUGGCCGUACAUUUUUGUUUUCAUACGGCCAAAAAAAACAACAACAACAAAUGAAUAAAACUGUUAUAAAGAUAAAACUAGAACCAAAUGAAUUCUAGCUAAAAGAGUAUUAUGAAUGAGCCUAAGCUAUAAAUAAGUUAAGAAGACGAUUCGUUGCGAAAGUCAUUUUUCCAAUCCAAAAAAAAAGAAUAAACAAAUUUAUACGUGCCCAACUGCAAAAUCUAAUCUAUAUUCAAUACACACAGACAGACACACAAAGCGACAAACAAACCAAAUAAACACAAACGCGUACAUCAAAUAUAUAAUCGGUUCAAAUAAAGUCAAAAAAAAUACAACACCACUUUUUCUUCUGUAUUUCCCUCGACUUAUUUUGAAACGGCGUUGUUUUCUUUUUGCCCUGAAAAGAACAACCGAAGCUUUUCUCUCUCUCUCUCUCUAUUUCUAUGUGGCGAAAGCUGUUACACAUAAACACAAUGGGUAGAAAUUAAUUACCACAAUGUAUUAUAAUUGAUAAGAGCGUAAGAUGUUAAAUUAAAAAUAAUAAUAAUAAAAACAAAUUAUUAAAUGAUGAACGAAAUGACGAUAUUUUUAUAGGAAAAACAAUUGAAUGAAAUCACAAAAAGACUUAUUUAAAUAAAGAAGAAGAAAAUUGAGAAUGAAAAAUAUGAUGAAAGAAAGCAAAUUUAAUGGAAAUUUUUUCCAAUGAAUAAUCCGUUUUGAAGCGAGACCAGGCAAAACAGAAACGUCUUGGUUAAAACUGGUCAAUUUGAGAUAAACUUCAGAUCUAGAAGUUAUAUGAAGAAAACGCACCAGAAUUUGAUUUCAUUCACAUUUAUUCGUUGUUUUUUCUUUCUAUUUCAAAGCCCAAAACUGUUAACAAUCCUUCCCGUCGAUAAAUCGGUCCAAUCCAAAUAGACAAAUUAUAAUCAAGUUUAUUUUCAAUUUGCACAUAGACGACGAAAAAAUUCGUCUUUAAAUUUUUUAUUUUUUAUUGAUGCUGUUGAAAACUCGGAACUUUUCGUUGGGUUUCAAAGAAAAAUGCAGUGAGAAAACGAUUCGAAACUGCUUUCCGUAACUAAAUGUGAGUUAAUUUGUAGCUUUUAUUCGCUUCGAUUUUCAGUCAUUUUGUGUAUGAUCGAUCACGAUCGAUAAGUUGAGACCAUAGCUGUAAUUUAACCACUUUCUCGAAAUCGAGAGACAACCAAAAAAAAAAACAAAUCUAUUCGAGUGAAACAAAUCUGAAAAUAAUUCUAUUGAUGUAAACGUCCUGUAAUUUAAACGGUUGAUUCAAAAUACUUAUGAACCCAAAUCGAACGGAAAAUUUAUUGAAAAUUACUUUAAGAGUAUUGUUGUAAUGUUCAGAUGUUCACCACAUUUUUAGAGACCCGUGCCAAGGUUGUUUUUUUUUUUAUAAACUAAUAAGUCUUCAUAGUUUCGCAACAUCGAAGUGAUGAUGCAACAAAAUGGAAAAAAAGAAGAUGCUAUGAAUUUGAAAAUGAUUGCCGAAUGUAUGAUUCGAAGCAGUGUAGACAAUAUUGUGCUUCACUUCAAUGAUAGAAACAAAUUUAUGUGAAUGAACAUCGCUCAAAAUGGACCUGAAUAUUUAGCCCAGUAGGCAGCUCGUUGUUGGAUUACAAAUGAAAAUACCCCGAAAAAAAAUCAAAUCAAAUUUUUUUCGAAUCAAAAUCACUCAAACUUUGUUUCAAACAAAUCGUUUAUGUGGCAAUUGAUCACAAACUAUUCGCCGUUGAAUCAAUUUAUACUGUUUUACAACCAUCUCUUUGCUAAUAAAUCUCAUCUCCCCGCCAAAACGAAGACUCAUUUGUUAAAUGACUGCACAUGAAUUUUAUUUAAAGUGAAAAUCAAACCGAAAUAGCAAAAUGCAACCCCAACACAAAUAAAUACGCCGUAAAAAGAUUGACGAUGUAAUGAAAACUGAACGAUGAAAUGCUUGGAAAAUUGAACAUUGGAAUACCGUUCCAUUCUUAUGAUAAAACAUUCACUCAUUGCAUUUCAGAAUCAAAAUAGUGAACGAGACUUUCUUUUCCUCGCAAAUUUCUUUCAUUUUGAAUUUGAGUUAUGGAACUGAAUUUCUUUUAAAUGUUCGUCUUUUAUGUGGUUUUUUGUUCCGUGUCUUCAUUUCAAUUUGGUUUUGAAUAAGAAAUAUUCACUUAUGACUGAAGUAAAUAUUUCUUAUCAGUUUACUGUUUAUUUCGUCAGAAAAAGCGAUUUUUUCAUUUUCGAUUUUGUAAGAGAUUUUUUCGUUAUUGUUUGCUAUCUUAAAGCUUCUGUCUCCACUGGAAGUUCGCAACAAAAUCAAAACCCGACCAUUUUUUCCAAAUAAACAUUUUAAAUGGAGAACGAGAAAUGAUUAAAUAAAAAAAAGGAAAAGUUAACACACAUCGAUUGAUGACCAUACAAUACAGAGAUUAACCGGAAAAAAUCGGAAUUUUUCUUUGUUGUGAAAAGAUAGCAAUGAACGGAAUGAAGCAAAAGUAGAAUUGUAUAAAAUGGUGCUAUUUUUUCUUUUCAUGUUCACUUGUAUAAAGAAAUAUUGCGAAAAAUUUGAACGAAACAAAGCAACAAAAAAAAAUCUUAUUGAAAGAGACAAGAGCAACAAAAGACCCGAAAUUGAGAAGUGUUAUGAACGAAAAUGGCGACGAAUUGAAGAGUAAAGUAAACGUUUCCAAUAAAUGUCAUUGUAUAAAUGUGUAGCUAUCAAAAAUGUAAUUAGUCAAGUAGUAUGUAAACGAAGAAACCAAAACAAAAACAAAAAAUGAAAACCAAGUUUUUUGCUUUACCAACAAAAAUGUGUGUAAUUUAGUGAGAUCGUGUCUAAUCCUCUAACUUCUUUAUGUAGCAACAAUUUUACACUAAACACAAACAGAUAAACCAACAAUCGAUUCCCUGACCAUUACUCGGCAAUAGACUAUCUAUUUAUGUAUUCAAAUCUAAUACCAAAAUAACAACAGCAUAACAAAACUAAUCGAACGAACAAACGAAUGAAAAUAGUCUUUCUUUUCCCAAGCAAACUACCCAUUUUCGAUAAAUGCCACCAACGUUUUUUCCUUUUCCAAUGUCCACACUUUGUAUGUGCCAAUCGAAAAUAUCUAACAUGAUAAUAAACUGAAUCUUGCGGCUCAACCGCGCACCUCUGUUCCUUCAAUCGAAAAUAAGCAGAAAAAACAACACGAAUAACGAAUUUAUCUCUCCAAACGAACAAUUUGGAUUACUUUUAAUUUCUUCCACUUCUUUCUCUCGAUCUCAAAACACCACCUCCCGCCCUGCAUAGAUAAAAAAGAAUUAUUUAUUUAGUUUUAAACACAAAUUAACAAACAAAAA